AUGUCCUCGUUCUUCGGCAAGGUGCAGGCGAUGGGCUCCAAGGUCGGCGCCCAGGCGGCCCAGUUCGGCACCCAGGUCGUCGCAGAGGCCCAAGCCGGUUCGACAAAGGCCAUGACGGGCUUCAAGCUCGAGAACGAGACGCUCAAGGCCGCCCGCAUCCUCCAGGCCUUCCUCGCCGACCCGCACCACCCCGAGUCGGCCCUAAACGCCAUCCCCAAGGAGGUCCUCGCCCGCGCAAAGGGCCUCGCCAUCUUUACCGUCCUCAAGGCCGGCUUUGUCUGGUCCGGCAAGGCCGGCUCGGGCGUCGUCAUCGCCCGCCUCGCCGACGGCACCUGGUCCGCCCCGAGCUGCAUCGCGACCGGCGGCGUCGGCUUUGGCCUCCAGAUUGGCGCAGACCUGAGCGAGUUUGUCGUCGUCCUCAACUCGGACGAGGCCCUCGCCGCCUUUGCAAAGGGCGGCAACGUCACGAUCGGCGGCCAGCUCGGUGCCUCGGCGGGCCCUAUCGGUGUCGGCGGCGCUGUCAACACGGCGCUCCUGCGCCCGACCCCGAUGUUCACCUACUCGAAGAGCCGCGGCUUGUUCGCCGGCGUUUCGCUCGAGGGGACGGCGCUGAUUGAGCGGAAAGACGCCAACGAGGCGUUCUACGGCCAGGCUAUUCCUGCCGUCGACCUUCUCUCCGGCAAGGUCCCGCCUCCUGAAGCCGCAUCGGCGCUGUACGAGACGAUCGAGGCCGCCGAGUCGAUCGACGAAGCCGGUCUUCCGGACCAGGCCUACGUCGUUCCCGAGGGCCAGCUCGGCGGCACGGCGCCGCUCGACCCGGCGACGGGCAGUGCGGGUCCGCCGACGAGCCAGGGCCAGAAGCUGUUUGACGCGACGGGCGCGCACUGAGGCGUUCCGUCGUCGUGGUCGAGCCUCUUUCUCCCUUUUCUCGUCGUGUCGUCCCUCCUUUAGAUCUGUGCCCCUCGCUCUCUACAGCUUCGUGCAAUGUAUCACUGGCCGUCUCU